CAGGAGAUCCGUUCUUCAAUUACACAAGCAGAGGCUCUCCUCAGAUGUAGCUCCAUUUGACUAGUGUGUGAUCCUUAUCACCGCUCAUGUAAAUAACCCCUGUACUUGUACUGUGCCUAUAUUAAGGCUUGGUGAUAUCAAUAAAGAUGAGGCAUCCUGCCGUUCUGCACUCAUUCCUUCCUAGCCAGGCCACUGUAGAAUAAAAGCAACAUGAAGAAGCAGCGGAUCCUGCUCCAUGUUCUCUUCUUCGUCUUCCUCUUCAUCCUCAUGGCUGCCCUUGCUGUUGAUGCUGAUGAUCCACAGGAGCUGCAGCAUCGAUCCCUGCUCCAGGCUCCCCCAAAGAUAGACUGCCCGUCAAGCUGCAUGGUGCGCUGCGGCAGAAACUGGAAGAACAAGAUGUGCAACAAGAUGUGCAACGUCUGCUGCAACCGCUGCAGCUGCGUCCCGCCAGGCACCGGCCAGGAGACACGCCACCUCUGCCCCUGCUAUGACACCAUGGUCAACCCAAAAACCGGCAAGCCCAAGUGCCCGUAGCCUGGUGCCUCAGGCCAAUCUGGCAAUUUCUGCCGUUCGUGUUAUCUAUGUAUGCUAUCAUCUUCAUGUUAACUAUAUCAACUGAUGAUAAAUAAACACCAGACUUUCUCCUCA